AUGAGUAAGGCGUAUGACCCAGUUGAUUGGAGGUUUUUGGAGGAUGUCUUUACUGCGAUGGGUUUUCCCGUAUUUUUUCGUAGGCUGGUUUUUAUAUGUGUGUCAACGCCAUGGUUUUCAAUAAUGAUGAACGAUACGUAUAAAGGUUUUUUUAAGUCCAAGAGGGGUCUUCGGCAAGGGGAUCUGCUAUCGCCAUACCUAUUUAUUAUCCUAGAAGAGGUUUUCUCCUGGUUGCUUAAGAAGCGAAUGGCGGAUAGUCAUCAUUUCUAUAAUCCGGUUGGUGCUCCUAGAAUUUCCCAUUUAUUAUAUACCGAUGAUGUUAUGAUUUUUGCGAAUGCUAGUAAGAGGUCUAUUCGUUGUUUAAUGGGUGUUUUGCAUGAUUUUGAGAAGUGGUCGGGACAGCGGGUGAGCCAUGAAAAGUCGGCUAUUUUUUUCUCUAAGCAAUUAAGGUUGUCCAGGAAGAGAGAGAUUUUGGCUGAUAUUGGGUUCGUGGAAGGAAAAUUUCCGUUCACUUAUCUGGGUGUUCCAAUUGUAGAUGGGAAGCUUAAGGCUUCCCAUUUUGGCCCCCUUCUUGAAAAAAUAGGCAAGAAAGUGCCGGGUUGGAAAUGUAGGCUUCUUUCACAAGGGGGUCGGUUAAUUCUGUUACGGCAUGUUCUUUCUAGCAUGCCUAUGCACUUGUUGUCGGCGCUUCAUGUUCCUAAGAUUGUUUUUAAGAAACUGCAGGGUUUAUUUUCUAAUUUUUCCUGGGGUGAACAGGGUGGUAAAAGCAAGUGA